UAAUACAGUCUCUUUCCUUUAAUGGUGAAAUUUGGCACACAAUCCUAAUAUGUUAUUUUCUUUCUUUUCAUUAUUAAUGACUCGUGUUUACUGACAAUCAUCAAUAGCAAGUGGUGGAUCAUUGUGACAGAUAAAGUAUACCCGUAUUCUUCUUCAACUCAUUGCAUCUCCGUUCUAACUCUCCCAUGAUAUCGGCCAAUCAAAACAAAGCCAAGAGGGAACAGAGUAUUUUACUCAUAAAUUGGGUGAUAAUUCAUGGUUAAUUACCACCAUCUCUUUCAUGUUUGUUUAAUUUUGAAUUAAGUGAUGACCCAACUAACUUAAAUCAGAUAAUUUCCCCCCACUUAUCUCGGCUGACCCAUAAACAAAAAACCCACUACAGUUUCUCAGUGCCAAAACCAUUUCUUCAGUUUCUUCUCUGUUUUUCUUCUCCUCUCUUCCAACUCCGUCCCGCGGCUGAAGAUGGAGGAAGAAGGCAUAAGAGCCUUCCGCUGGAAGUUCAGAGGAGAUGCCAAGACCCGAUGUGCAAGAUUGUUUUCUGUGUUGACGUCUCUUGUCAUGGUAGUUCUGUUCCUGUGGACCAUUUGGUCCGAAUCUGGAGUUGCAGACACGCCGGGGAUAAAGCGGGAGUCGAACAAUUGGGCAUUCUGCGUCGGAGUUCUGACUAUAGUUCUCGGUUUCUUGUUUUUGGCUGCUGGUCUUCCUUUACUUGCAAACUUGGUUAUGAAACUCUCAGAACAAUUGCAGAAGAAGCAGGAGGAGAUCAGGAAGCCUCAAGCUCAAGGGAAGCUGAAGACGAUAUGCAUCGUCAGCCGCAUGGUUGUGAGUAUCAUCGCAAUGAUCAUGCUGGCAUGGGCAAUCAACGCUGGAUUUAGGCUUGCAACUGAACCUAGAAGAGAAGGCAAAUAUUAUCCUCUAGCAUCCCCAGUUGGUGUCGUGACUAUCAUGUUUGGCUUCACUUAUUCUAUCAUCGGACUCUGCAUAAUUGCAGAGCUAGCAGUGGAGUUGAGAAAGCAGUUGCAAACGACAGAGAAAAAUGAAAAUGUUAAUCAACAAGUAGGCAAAAUAAACGUCAAAUUUUCUGUUUGACACUGCUAUAAUACACCA